CCAGGCUCCGUAUUAUUUAUUGAAGACCUGACCCAAAAUGGGACGCCAGUCGCUCAUGAUUGCAGCCAUUCUGUGUGUCAUUCUAAGCCAGGGUUUCUGCUCUGGAGUUUUCGAGCUGAAGUUACAAGAGUUUCUCAACAAGAAAGGAGCGCUGGGAAAUAGGAACUGCUGCAGAGGAGGAACGGCAUCGGGGUUUCAGCAGUGUGAAUGUAAAACGUUUUUUAGGAUCUGCUUGAAGCACUACCAGGCGAACGUGUCCCCGGAGCCGCCCUGCACCUAUGGCGGCGCAGUUACUCCAGUCGUCGGGUCCAACUCCUUCACUGUUCCUGAAACAAUGGACAGCUCUUUCACCAAUCCCAUUAAGUUUCCCUUCGGAUUCACGUGGCCUGGUACAUUCUCUCUGAUCAUUGAAGCGCUACACACCGAUAACGCAGAUGACCUCUCAACAGAGAACCCGGAACGGUUGAUCAGCAGAGUGACCACUCAGAGGCAUCUUGCCGUGGGAGAGGAAUGGUCUCAGGACCUACAAACCAGUGGGAGGACGGAGCUGAAAUACGCGUUCCGCUUCGUGUGUGACGAGCAUUACUACGGCGACGGCUGCUCUGCGUUCUGCCGACCCCGCGAUGAUGCUUUCGGUCACUUUACCUGUGGAGAACGUGGCGAAAUCGUCUGCAAUUCGGGCUGGAAGGGGCAGUACUGCACGGAACCGAUCUGCCUUCCAGGCUGCGACGAGGAGCAUGGUUUCUGUGAGAAACCUGGAGAAUGCAAGUGCAGAGUAGGCUUCAGUGGCCGUUACUGUGACGACUGCAUCCGUUACCCAGGGUGUCUCCAUGGCACCUGUCAGCAGCCCUGGCAGUGCACAUGCCAGGAGGGAUGGGGUGGCCUCUUCUGCAACCAAGAUCUGAACUACUGCACACACCACAAGCCCUGUAAGAAUGGUGCCACCUGCACCAACACCGGGCAGGGAAGCUACACCUGCUCCUGUCGACCUGGCUUCACUGGGGCCAGCUGUGAGGUCGAGGUCAACGAAUGCUCCGAUAGCCCCUGCAGGAAUGGAGGAAGCUGCACUGAUCUGGAGAACACCUACACCUGCUCGUGCCCCCCUGGUUUCUAUGGCAACAACUGUGAGCUGAGCGCCAUGACCUGUGCCGAUGGCCCGUGCUUCAAUGGCGGCCGCUGUGCUGACAACCCCGAAGGUGGCUACUACUGCCAGUGCCCAAUGGGCUACGCCGGCUUCAACUGCGAGAAGAAGAUCGAUCACUGCACCUCCAACCCCUGCUCCAAUGGUGCCCAGUGCCUGGAUCUUGUCAACUCAUACCUGUGCCAGUGUCCGGAGGGCUUCUCGGGAACGCACUGCGACAACAACAUGGAUGAGUGCUCCACGUACCCCUGUGAGAACGGGGGUACCUGCCAGGAUGGCAUGAACGGCUACACCUGCACCUGCCCCCCAGGGUACGUGGGCAAAAACUGCAGCUCUCCGGUCAGCAGGUGUGAGCACAACCCCUGCCACAACGGUGCCACCUGCCACGAGAGAAACAACCGCUACGUGUGCUCCUGUUUGCCCGGAUAUGGGGGUCUGAACUGCCAGUUCCUGCUGCCGGAGCAUCCCCGGGGCCAGCCGGUCGUCGACAGCCCCGACAAGCGAUACUCGGAGGGCGGGGAGAACGGGGGCUUCCCCUGGAUGGCGGCUUGUGCUGGGGUGGUCCUCGUGCUGGUGCUCCUGCUUGGAUGCGCUGUGCUGGUGGUCUACGUCCGAGUGAAGCUACAGCACAGGGGCAGGCAGGCAGAUCUGUCCGGCGAGAACGAAACCAUGAACAACAUCACCAACAACUGCCAACGGGAGAAGGACCUGUCCGUCAGCGUCAUCGGCUCUGCCCAGGUCAAGAACAUCAACAAGAAGGUGGACUUCCACCGUGACAACGGUGCUGGUGAGAGGAACGCCCAGAAGCCACGCUACCCGGUGGUGGAUUACAAUCUGGUGCACGAGCUGAAGCAGGACGAGUGCGGGAAAGAGGAACGGGAGAGGAGCCAAGCAAAGUGCGAAGCAAAAGGAGAAGCACUGGACUGCGAGCCAGAAGAGAAACAAAGAAAACGCUUACAGAGUGACGCUUCAGAAAGCAAAUGCCCAGACUCUGCAUGCAAGGACACAAAGUACCAGUCCGUAUAUGUGAUAUCAGAGGAGAAAGAUGAAUGUAUAAUUGCCACUGAGGUGUAAUGGCCGCAGUGGACCUGUUGGAGUCGUGCUCUACGGGAGGUUUUACUCCGUCAAAUGCUGCUCAAACCAGAGGGAAGGUUUCCUUCAUGUGACUGCUGCUGUGGAACUGAGAUGUUGAAACUGAUGUUCAGAGUGAGCUGGUCCUCAACUGAAGGAGGCGCAGUGACAGCAGAAAAGAGAAGUUGGGCCACACUGGCCCCCCCGUGUCCUACGUCCCACCCCGGCCCCCCGCGUUUCCGAUUCAUUCUCCCAACCUGUUCCCCCGGAUUCUACAUCAUGACCAAUCCUGGCCCCUGCCUUCUAUAUCACGUCCCACCCCUGGCCAAGGCUCUGCAUGCGGUUUUCCAGGAAUGUACCUAAUGACCUGUUGCACUGCCUUUGGGGUCAGUCUUACCUCAUUGCACUAAAGGACAUUUGCUUUCAAGAAAAUGUAUUUAACACAAACAA